CCGGAAACAGAAACACUGUCGCUGUUUGUUUGACGAUAUAUGAAGUUGUAUGCCUGGCCGUGGUGUUGAGUGGUUAAACUGUUGUGUAAAGGCGACACAGCUACGUGGGUAUUUUUUCCACAUCUGUACUCGUUGUUGAUUGAUACCAGAUUUUCAUUGUGAGGAUCAUUUUUUUCACCCGUACUGAGUGAGUUGCGUCGUCGGUUAGCCACUUAGCAUUGAAAGCUAAUGUGAGCUUGUCAUCGAAGGAGCAACGUUUCAAACACGUUUUUUUCCACAACAGCAUCGUUUUUAACAACUGCUGUAAUCGUUGAAGGAAAUAAUGGGGUCAUCCAAGAAACACAAGGAGAAGAGCCGCGACAAAGAUGCGGAAGAGCGCCGUCGUGAACAUAAGAAACAUCGUCACAAGGACCGAGACGCUACAGACCGAGAUGGGACUCGGGAUAAAGAGAAACGAAAACGCUCCAGGUCCCGAGAAAGAAGCGGACGAGAGGGCCGCAGCAAAGGUGAGAGGAGCACCGGGGAGCCACGGGUGAAGAAGGAGAAAGUUGAUCUUGGAUAUGAAGAAAGCAAGGCAGAAAUUGCCCCUCAGUCUGCAAGCGGAGACGCGUCUCUCAGCAUCGAGGAGACAAACAAACUCAGAGCCAAGCUGGGUUUGAAGCCUCUGGAAUUAGAGGCGGCCAAGAAGGAGCUCGGCACCAAAGAGGAUCCAAAGGUAGCAGAGACCAUCAACCCUGUUCUCAUCAAGAAGCAGAAAGAUAUGAGAGAAAAGCUUGCUGCUAUGAAAGAAAAACGCAUCCAGAACCUGAAACUGGGAAAAGUCAAGACCAUAGCAGAGGAGGACUGGCUGGAUGACACAUCUGCCUGGGUUGAGAGAAGCAGACUGAUGGCAAAAGAGAAAGAAUUGGCAGAGAAAAGAGCCAAACUUCUGCAGGAGAUGGACGAGGAGUUUGGUGUCAGCAGUCUGGUGGAGGAGGAGUUUGCACAUGGCAAAAAAGAUGCCUACACAGCCCGAGAUCUAAAGGGACUCAAAGUGCAGCACAAGGUGGAUUCCUUUAAUGAGGGUCAGACAGUCAUCCUGACUCUACAAGACAAAGGUGUGCUUGAAGAGGAAGAAGAUGUGCUUGUAAAUGUUGGACUUGUGGACAAGGAACAUGCAGAAAAGAAUGUGGAGUUAAAAAAGAAGAAGCCUGAAUACAAGCCCUAUGAAGAAGACGAGAGUGUGGAUGACAUGGUCACGUUUAAGCCUCACACUGUACUGUCAAAGUAUGAUGAGGAAAUUGAGGGCGAAAAGAAAAAGAGUUUCCGACUGAAUACAGGGGGCUUUGCUGACGGGGAGCGAGAGCGGGAGAUUCAGGCCAUGAGAGAAGCGCUACGAGACCAGGCCCAGUCUUUGGAGAUGCCUGCUCUUUCUAUUGCCUCGGAGUAUUACACACCUCAGGAAAUGGUAGGCUUUAAGAAGACAAAAAAGCGUGUGAGGAAGAUCAGGAAGAAGGACAAGCUGACAGUUGCAGAUGAGCUCUCCAUCGAUGACACCCGCAACACAGAUUUUGGCUCCAGGGCACGUGGUCGCGGCCGCAAACGGCUGGAAGAAGAAAGUGAGGAAGUAAAGGUGGAGGAGCCGGUCAAACUGUCCCAUGAUAUCCCGCUGUUAUCUGAUGAUGUUAGGAUGGCUGAAAUGGACAUUAGUGAUGAUGACGACUUUACACCUCCAGAGCCAGCUGUAAUUGAGGAGGAUGAGGCAGAGCAAGAGCUGCAGAAACAACUGGAGAAGCAGAGGAAGCUGAGGCAAAGGCAGCUACUCAAAGACUCUGGGGAGAAGGUGGCUGAGAAGAUCAAAGAGCUUGAUAAAGUCAGUCCUGACGAUGAUCCUGAGAGAAAGAAUAACAUUGUUUUCAACGACAUCUCAGAGUUUUGCAGAACUCUGGGUGAUAUUCCAACUUAUGGGCUCUCGGGCAACAGAGAAGACCAAGAGGACAUUAUGGACUUUGAGGAGAAAGAAGAGAAAGAUGAUGCUGGAGACCCAGACUCGGACAUGGAUGAGAAUGUUGGAUGGAGCACAGUGAACUUGGAUGAAGAGCUGAAACAGCCAGACUUCACCACAGCCUCUGCCACCAUUUUGGAUGAGGAGCCCAUUGUCAACUCAGGGCUUGCUGCUGCUUUGCAUUUGUGCAAAAACAAAGGUCUGUUGGACACUGAAAUGCAGAAGAUAUCCCGUGUCCGAGCAACAAAAGGCGCCUUGCCAAAUGACAACUACUGCAUUGAGGACAAGAUGGGCUUCGAUGACAAGUAUAGUCGCAGAGAAGAAUAUAGAGGCUUCGCUCAAGAUUUCAAGGAUAAAGACAGCUAUAAGCCUGAGGUCAAGAUUGAGUAUGUUGAUGAAUCUGGGCGGAGACUCACUCCAAAAGAAGCUUUCAGGCAGCUUUCACAUCGAUUCCACGGGAAAGGGUCUGGAAAAAUGAAGACCGAGAGGAGGAUGAAAAAGCUGGAGGAAGAGGCCCUGCUAAAGAAGAUGAGCAGCAGUGAUACUCCUCUGGGGACGGUGGCUUUGCUUCAGGAGAAGCAGAAAUCUCAGAAAACACCUUAUCUUGUGCUUAGUGGGAGUGGGAAAAGUAUGAAUGCAAAUAACAUCACCAAAUAAGUCUGGGGGAUGAGCAAAUAUCUCGUCAUAAACACACACUGACACAUACAUAGACAUACACAUAAGAUGUUUUAGGUAAAGUAACUGCUCCUAUUUUAUGCCUACUUCAUACAAUCAUUGUUGUUGUAGUUACAAUUUGUCUAAUAAAAUUAAGGCAAAUUAGA